AUGGCUGCUACAAGCAAUGUGACUGAGAUACUUUUCUUGGGAUUUUCCCAGAACCGGAAUGUGCAGAAGAUCAUUUCUGCGGUGUUUCUCCUCAUGUACACAGCCAUUGUGUUGGGCAAUGGCCUCAUUGUGGUGACCAUCAUGGCCGGCAAGGGUCUCACCUCGCCCAUGUAUUUCUUCCUCAGCUACUUGUCCUUUGUGGAGAUUUGUUACUGUUCUGUCACCGCCCCCAGGCUGAUCAUUGACUCCUUCAUUGAGAAGAAAGUGAUUUCUCUCAAGGGCUGCAUCACACAGAUAUUUUUCCUCCAUUUCUUUGGUGGUACCGAGAUUUUUCUCCUAACAGUGAUGGCCUAUGACCGCUACGUGGCCAUCUGUAAGCCCUUGCACUACACGCUUAUCAUGAACCGACGUGUGUGUGGCCUCUUGGUGGGAGCCGCCUGGGGUGGGGGGUUGCUGCAUUCUGCCGGGCAAACCUUCCUUAUUUUCCAGCUGCCCUUCCGUGGUUCCAACAUCAUUGACCAUUACUUCUGUGAUGUCCACCCUCUGUUGAAGCUGGCCAGCUCAGACACCUUCCUCAUUGGACUGCUCAUCAUUGCCAAUGGUGGCUCCAUUUCUGUGGUCAGCUUCGUGGUGCUGCUUGCGUCCUACGUGGUCAUCCUCCACUCGCUGAGGAACCAGAGCUCAGAGGGCCGGCGCAAGGCUCUCUCUACCUGCGCCUCACACCUUGCCGUUGUGGGUCUAUUCUUCAUACCCUGUUCUUUCGUUUACAUGAGACCUUGUGUCACCCUCCCGGUGGACAAGAUAGUGGCUGUGUUUUACACAGUGGUCACACCACUCCUAAACCCCAUCAUCUACUCCUUCAGGAAUGCAGAGGUGAAGAAUGCCGUGAGGAGACUGAUGGGGAGGAAAGUGACUUGGGAAGAAAAGUAG